AUGUGGCACAAGGAGCUACGAUGGAUGCGGCACGUUGUGCGUGCACAGGACCAGGAGUUGCGUUUAGACCGCUGGCUGCGGCAUCAGUUCCCUACGCUUCCGCAAAGCUUCGUACAGACGCAGUUACGCAAGCGUAAAAUCCGUUUGCAGUCCGCAACAGCUUCGAAUUUAGAGGCGACUCGGGCCAAUUCGCUGCUGCGCGAAGGCUCCGUGGUGGCCAUCGAUGCGCACCUCUUCCUCUCCAAACUGCAGCCACUAGUAGUGCAGCAAGUAGAACAAGACAUAGCGACACGACAACAUCUAACUACGGCACAGGACAAGAGGCUGCUGCAACUGAAGCGAUGCGUUGUGUACCAAGACGCGCAGUUUGUGGUGCUCAACAAACCUCACGGACUGGCUGUGCAGGACGGCUCGACGCUGACUGAAUCACUGGCACUCUACUUGCCGUGGAUUGCAGAACAACAACUCAGACUGGUGCAUCGACUGGAUAAAGAGACGUCGGGUGUGCUGGUGUUAGCGCGCUCUCGUCUCGCAGCUGCCAAGUUCUCUAAGCUACUACGCAAUGGCGCUGUAUAUAAGACAUAUGAGGCGCUGGUCGAAGCCUUAAACUUCCUGUGGAUGGCAAACCGGCACAUACACUUGUAG